AUUCAUUUUUUGAUUGAUAUUGUUGUAUAUAAGUACAGUGUGCAUUUCAAUAUUUCGAGCCUAAGAUAAAACUUUUUUGACAAAAUGGAGCUUUUGAUCAGCAUUCUGUUUGCGGCAACAAUAUUUACGUUUGGUAACGAUUGGGCAUUUGCUGUAAGUGAUAAAGAGCUGUUGAAUAUAAAACUGGAUCAAGAUUAUAAAAAAUUUGAAACUCAAGUUAAUAACGUAAUAAAAAAUUUGAAAAAUCUUAAUGCAAACGAUAAACGAUUCAACAGCGUACUGGUCGCCGUUGAUUUGCUUAAGAAUAAUUUGUUUGAAUUUUACGUAUUGUGUAAAGAAAAAAUGCCACACGCGAGCCAAAAUAAUGAAGUUUAUCAAUUAUCGGUUCAUCAAGCUUAUUUACAAUUUCAAAAGGACCACGAAAAAGAAAUGAAACAAAAACCAAAAAGAUCGAUGGAAGAAAAUCUCAAACUGUACUAUAGCUUCUUCAGAAAAUAUCGUCUUGUUAUAUCCCAAAUUUUGGUGGAUUUGCACAAUGAGUUAGAAAAACGCACUGAUUUUGCAUCAAAACUAGCAGUCAGCUUAAAAACAAAAAAGGAUCUGGAGGCAAUCGCUGAGAAGGCCAGUGAUGCACUAAUAUUGGAACGUGGAACUAUGUUUGCAACUCGUCAUCAAAUCAACAAUCUCAUCAAUAUACCGGAACGAAUCGCCACAAUUCUAGAAGAUUUUUUGACACAAUUAAAAAACACAGCAUCCGAAGGUUAUACAUUGGCAACAGCAUGGAACUUGUAAAGAAAAAUAUAUUUUAAAUUGUCAAUAAAACAUAUUUACACAUAAACAUUACACUA